CGCAACGUUUAUGGAUUGUAGUUCAGCUUGUACACCAGAUAACCUAACGGUCCAUCGCUAAACAGCCAAAUGGACUACACUUCCCAUGCUGCUGAGUGACGUUGUUUUAGUCACCGUUUUAGUCGACGCGUGAGGCUGCAUCGCUGUCUCUGAAAGGUUGUUAAAUUCCACGGUAGAUACACCGCUUAUGGAAAAAUAACAACUUAAGACUUUAUUUAUUUGUCUCGAUAUAACAUAAUGGAGGUAAUCGAGACAAUUGUGAUACAAAGCACAGACGUGGAAGGAAAGGAAACGGUCGUGUCCAGUGUGGACACGGAUAAAUCCAAAGCAGAAUUUAUAUGGACACUGCAGGCAACAUGGCACCUUGUCAACACCAGACUUGAAAUGGACCAAGCUUUUGACCAGCCAGUAUGCAAGAAAAAGAAACUUUGGGAAAUGGUGGCAGAGAAAGUGAACGCAAAGCUGAGAGAGGCAGAUGCCACUGAUGUGGCUGUGAAGGCCUACGAGUGUGAUCUUAAGUGGAGAAAUAUACUGGCGACGUACAGGAGGAAUGCUGAGAGGGCCAAGAGGCUCGGGGCAGCCGGCGUCCACUGGGAGUUCUUCGGUGCCAUGCAUGAGGUCCUGGAUAAGAGCAGGGAGGAGGUUGAAGCCCAGCGAAGGGCCAAGCUCAGUGGCACCAGAGUAGCCAAAGCCAUAGCUAGCAAGAGGUUCACCCCUAUCCUCCCUACACCUCCUGCCACAGCUGCCCCCUGCGCUCCCAGACCUCCCCAGGACGUCCUACAGCUGUACAUGGAGCUGCAGGAGAGGAAGAUGAACAUGUGGGCCCAACAGAAAGACUUGGAGGAGAGAAAGAUAGAGGCCAUUAACAAUUUGGCACAGGCCAUCUCCAGCCUGGCUCAGAAGAACAGCACCACAGAUGGACAUUAGGCCAGAAGCGAUGGGAAGGGUAUCUGAACUUCCAUGCGCUCUUACCAAAGACUUUUUUUAUAUAAUGCUGCACACAGAGAGAAAAAGAGAAUGUCAAAUGUUUCAAAAUCAUUAGUUCAGAAUAAGACCAACAAAUCAUACAUAUUCUGGGUGACUCCUGUUUAAACCACCAUCAGGUCUUUAAAGUUCAUGUUUUCUGUUGAUGCUUCAUUGGAUGAAAAAGUCAGUUAUUUUUCUACUGAAUUAGUGUACAAUAGUUUGCUGUCUGAUACAGACACCCUUCCAUCACUGUACCACCUUUUUAUACAAAUAUAUCAAUAUCUCUUACAUAUUAUUGUAUCGCAGCCACAAGAAUGAAACGGACAAGCUAACCAAAAUGAUGAUGGCAUGAUUGUCAUCAUCAAGUAUCUUCAAAAUAAAACCUAACAAUGUGUAGUUAUAAUAAUAACACAUAUAGAUAGAUAGAUACUGUAUUGAUCCUAAGGGAAAUUCAAAAUAUAUAAUAUUGAUACUUAACAUUGUUAGUCACAAGAGGUGUCAGAUACAUUUUCAAAGAAAAGCUUUCACUUUUUUUUUUUUUUUAAGAUUUCUUUUUGGGCUUUUUGGGCCUUUAAUGGAGAGAUAGGACAGUGGAUAGAGUCGGAAAUCAGGGAGAGAGAGAGUGGGGAACGACAUGCGGGAAAGAGGCCACAGGUGGGAUGUGAACCCGGGCCGCCCGCUUGAGACGACAGCCUCCAUACAUAGGUUGUGCACACUAACCACUGCACCACCAGCACUCUGAAAAGCUUUCACUUUUAAUGACUUAAUCUGCAUUUUUUGAGACACUAUACAGUAUUAAUAACUUUCAAUUAAACAUUCUGCAUUUAAUAUCCCCUUUGUAAAUGUUUGUCCCCUGCCCAAAUAAAUAUUUUGCCAUGGACAGACAAUUAAAACUU